AAAAUUUUGGGAUUUGAUUGGUCACAUGAUAUAACGCAUGGCCAAGACGUUGUGUGAUCCGCAGGUGGAAUUGUUUAAUCUGUGGUAACAGUGACAUCAGUCCAUAAUACCACCCUAUAUAUGUAAAAUAUUAUUAUUAUUAUUAUUAUCAUUUCUAUGGUUCACCUCCACAUUUUCAAAACGCUUAAUUUUUUAUUAUUUUGAUUGAGCAGAAGAGCGAAUAAAUUUUGGCGGUAAUGACAUAUAUGGAAUAAAAUUAGUGUGAACAAAACACCUAUAAUAAAUAUUUUGUUCAAUAACAAAAUAUCACUAUGUAUUUUACUGAUAGGGUGAUAGUUCUUGUGGAUAUUGAUUGUUUUUAUUGCCAGGUAGAAGAACAAUUAAACCCUAAUUUGCAAAACAAACCAGUUGCUGUUGUACAAUAUAAUACUUGGAGAGAAGGAGGAAUCAUUGCGGCCAACUAUUUGGCUAGAGAAAAAGGAGUGACCAAAGGUCUAUGGUGCUACGAAGCAAAAGAGAAGUGUCCAGAAAUUUUAUUUGCGACUGUAUCUCAAAUUCGGGGAAGAGCUGAUCUUACCAAGUAUAGAGAAGCUGGAAAACAAGUUGCAAAUGUUUUGCAAGCAUUCACUUCCCUCCUGGAGAGAGCAUCCGUGGAUGAAGCAUAUUUGGACAUUACAGAAGAGGUGAACAAAAGAUUGACAAAAUAUAUUGAACAAAUUUCUUUAGACAAACUCCCAAAUACUCAUGUUGUUGGAUAUGUUGUUAAAGAUUUUUUGGAUAAUAUCAUGAACAGUAGGGAGUUUUCUGAGAGCAACUAUAAGUUGGCUAUGGGAGCCCUAAUUGCUGAAGAGAUCAGAAGAGACGUAUUCGAAAAAACAGGGUACAGAUGUUCUGCAGGCAUUGCUCACAAUAAAAUUCUAGCAAAACUUGCUUGCGGACUGAACAAACCAAAUGCACAGACUAUUUUUCCGCAAGAGUCAGUAAUCGAAUAUUUCAAAAAUUUACCACUUGAGAAAAUCAAAAGUUUAGGGGGGAAAUUUGGUAAAAACAUCUCAGAAGAAUUGCAGAUUUUGCAUAUUGGUGAAUUGAUGAAGUUUACUGAAAAAGAAUUGAUACAGAAAUUUGAAGAGAAAACUGGCAAGUGGUUAUACAAUAUUGCACGAGGUGUAGAUUUGGAACCGGUCAAAUCUCGGAUUAUAUCUAAAUCGAUCAGUUGUUGCAAAAGAUUUCCUGGAAAAAACUGUUUGAUAUCAUCAGGAAGCGUUGAGAAAUGGAUGAAUGAAUUGGCAUUAGAGAUUUCUGAAAGAUUAGAAAAAGACAUGGAAGAAAAUAGUAGAAAGGCGAAGCAGAUUGUCAUUAGUUUCUCUCAAUUCAUCGGGAGUAAAAAUAUUAGCGGUUCAAAAACGAUUUCUUUAAACUCCUAUGAACAUUCAAAAAUACGAGAAGACUGUUUAAAUACCAUCAGAAAAUUCUGUUCCAAAUCAGAUGGAACUUUUAAUAAUAUAACAUACUUGGGAUUGAGUUCAGGAAACUUUCAAAAUUUACCAAAAAAAUCCAGUAUAAAAUCUUUUUUGAAUAACUCUAAUAAUAUUUUUCAAAAGAUACUUGACAAGAAUACUGAUGAAGAUACCAACGUGACAAGUUCGGUAAUUCAUAGUGAUGAUCAAAAAGUUGAAAAUGAACAAUACAAUGUUUCCUCACAGAAUCCCUCAUGUACUGAGGAAUGGAAAUGGGAACCUUUCAAGAAAAUUAGUGAUGCUAACGAAUAUUCACAUUGCUCCACGGACAUCGAGUUGGAAGAUAUUACAAACAUUGAGAAAGAACCCGAGUCAUUUUUUAAUGAGUAUUUCAAAAGUAACAGCAUUAUUAACGAAACAUUUGACAAUUCAUUUCACAAUGAAACUACUAUCAGUGAAACUGAAUUAGAAAAGAAUGUGUCAUUAAAUGAGGAGCAAGUAUUACAAACAAAUGAAUCAAUUGUUGAUAACUUGGAGACGAACGAUAUGACAAAGGUUAAUGAUAACGAAAAGUGUGUCUCACAUUUGGAUGAAGAAUAUGCUUCAAGUAGUACCAAAAUUCACCAGAAGUCUGGAAUAAAAAAUGCGAUUGAGUCAAAAAGCAUGGAGCAUAAAGAAAAACAGUUGGAUGAUGAAAAGGUGCGCAGUCAAGGAGUUAAAAGAAAAUCUGGUCAGUCAGUGCCGUUAUUAGAAUUCUUGAAAAAAUAUGAUGACUUGAACGAAGAUAAUAGCGAAUAUUGCUCUGAGUGUAAAAAAAGAAUAAAACUAGAAGAUAUAACAUUUCACAGUGACUACCACAUGGCUCGAAAAUUACACCAUCAAAUAAAUUAUUCGCAUGUUGAGAAAGAAACGGAACAAUCCUCAAAAAGAAAUUGCUCUUUGAAAACUAGAAAUAAUAAGAAGAAAAGUGAAGUAAGCAUUCUGAAGUACUUGAAUAUGAAUAUACCUUGAAAUAUAUUUUAAUGAAUAUUUA